GCCGCAGACAGAGCAGCUCCCCGGCGUCUCAGGCAGGCAGGCAGGCAGGCAGGGCCCAGAGCCGCCAUGGCGUCCUCCGUUAGUGUCAAGGUCUUCAGACUUGAGGUCGCUCAGCCAAGGAAGCCCCAGUCCCCACCGCCCCCAAAACCCCCAUCACCCCCGCCACCCCAGUCACCCCCCAAGCCUGAGAAGGCGGAGGAGCCUGCACCGGUGCCAGUGGAAAAACCACCUGAACCAGCCAUGUCAGAGCUCACUGUCGGCAUCAACGGCUUUGGCCGAAUUGGCCGCCUGGUCCUCCGCGCCUGCCUGCAGAAGGGACUCAAAGUGGUGGCUGUCAAUGACCCUUUCAUUGACCUCAACUACAUGGUCUACAUGUUCAAGUAUGACUCUACUCACGGCCGCUACAAGGGGGAGGUGAAGGCUGAGGAUGGGAAGCUGGUGGUGGAUGGGAACGAGAUCUCUGUCUUCCAGUGCAUGAAGCCAAGCGAGAUCCCGUGGGGCGAGGCUGGUGCGCUGUAUGUGGUGGAGUCCACCGGGGUCUUCCUCAGUGUGGACAAGGCUUCGACCCAUCUCCAGGGCGGUGCCAAGCGCGUGGUGGUGAGCGCCCCCUCCCCUGAUGCCCCUAUGUUCGUCAUGGGUGUCAACGAGGACAAGUAUGACCCGGCCCACAUGACCAUCGUGAGCAACGCCUCUUGCACCACCAACUGUCUGGCCCCACUGGCCAAGGUCAUCCAUGACAACUUUGGUAUCGUGGAGGGACUCAUGACCACAGUUCAUGCCUACACGGCUACGCAGAAGACUGUGGAUGGGCCCUCGGCCAAGGCCUGGCGUGACGGCCGUGGCGCCCACCAGAAUAUCAUCCCGGCAUCCACCGGCGCUGCCAAGGCCGUGGGCAAGGUCAUCCCGCAGCUGAACGGGAAGCUGACUGGCAUGGCGUUCCGUGUGCCGGUUGCCGACGUCUCGGUGGUGGACCUCACCUGCCGCCUGGCCAAGCCGGCCACCUAUGCAGAGAUCAAGGAGGCUGUGAAGAAGGCAGCCGACGGGCCCAUGGCUGGCAUCCUGGGCUACACGGAGGAUGAGGUGGUCUCCUCGGACUUCAUCGGUGACACUCACUCCUCCAUCUUCGAUGCUGGGGCUGGGAUCUCCCUCAAUGACAACUUUGUGAAGCUCAUUUCCUGGUACGACAAUGAGUUUGGCUACAGCAACCGUGUGGCCGACCUGCUGAGCCACAUGUUCUCCAAGGAGAACUGAGCCCACAGGGCCAUAGGACCACCCCCCUGCCCCCGCCCUCUCCCACGGCUUUUGUGACCCCCUCCCCCCUGUCACCGUGUACUCGCCAUGUGUGCGUGCGUGUGUGUGCGUGCGUGUACACAAACCCGUGGGCUCUGGCCCCGCACCAUCCUGCCUUGGCCAUCCCCCCGCGCAGAAACAUGGCCACUGGGUCCCCCCACCCCCCACUGCCCGUGCAGGGGGCCAUGCCGGCCCUGGGUUAGUGUAGCCCUGUGAGGACGUAGCUGCUGUUGGUCUUGUCCAUGUCAGAAAUAAACCACCUGAGCGUUGA